AAAAUUAUAUACUUAAAAUAAUUUUCAUAUUGAUAACUUACAAUGAAAGCAACGUACAUUGGUAUUAAAAGAAAUAUUUCACUUCGAACUUAUUUCAUGCUUAUAUUUUCGAUAUCGAAAUUGUAAGUGAAAUGUGAAAUCAAAUCGAACAAAUCGUGUACGUUUUUAAACCACUCUGUUGUGUUGGCAGUAAAAUCAUUUGUCAGCAAAAUACGUGUCUACAAAAUGGGUCGACAUAAAAGUAGAGCACAAGAAGCCAUUAUGGUUAAUUUUAUGCAGAAACACACUGAUCUUGCCUCUGGUAUGAUUUCGGACAAAAGACACAGAAAUAACCUGUGGACGUUGCUUACUAAUAGACUAAACACUCGCGGACCACCAAGAAAAUCACCAGAACGUUGGAAAAAGGUUUGGGUCGACUGGCGUUCUUCAAUUAAGAGGAAAAUUAUACAAGAGAAAAAUGAAGCAGCCGCUUCAGAUCAACUACAUAGUAGAAAAACAUUUCUAUCGCCUACUGAGUAUGAAUUAGCACAUAUUUGUGGAUUUUUAGAAAAAGACGAAGACGGUUAUGUCCAAUAUCUCAAUGACGAUACAUAUUAUGAUGGUUCAGUGGCUUCAAUUGGUGAUGUUGAAACUGCAAACGAGUCUAUAUCACAAAUGAAUACAUAUUUGGAUAGCGAUGCUGAUGUCCAUGCAACUAGCAAAAAAGAAGAUUUUACUAAACAUUAUAGUACUGGCAUAGCUGUAAUCAAAGAGGAAUUGAUACUCGAUGACACAGAUAAUGAAAUGCCAAUGGACUCAGAUGCUGGUAGUACAAAUUGUGAUUUGACAGAGAGAAAUAACUCUGAAACAGAAUGUUUAACUGUGGAGCACUUUGCCAUAUGCGACAUAACGCCGAAGGAGAUAAAACAUGAAAUAGAAGACAGUGACGUUGAACGUCAGUUAAAAGAUCGUCGUAGCACAAAUUCAACAGAAAAAGUGAAAAGAUUUAAGGUAGAAAGUGAUGAAGGUUUAGUUAGUCUUAUUACACAGCAAACCAUAUUGAUGCAAACUGUUACUGAGUUGAUUAAAGAAAACGCGAAAGGGCAAACUGAAAGUUUACGUGUCAUGAAAGAUAUAAGGCAUGGCCUGAAGGAUAUGAGUGAAUCAAUAAAAAAACUCAAUGAAGCAACAGCUGAACAGCUAAAAGAACAGCGUCGACAUAAUUAUGAGAUAGAAAAAUUACGCAGAGAAGAAAUGCUAUUAAAGAAGCAACAGCUUGAAUUAAAUGAGUUGGAGAUGUUUAAAAAGGCCUAAAAUAGACAAGUAUGUGCUGUGAAUGGAAUUUUCAAAUCCAAAUUUCCUUUUUACAUUACAAACGAAACCUUAAUUUUUAUAAUGUAGAUAUUCAAAAAUAUUCCAAAAAACGCAUUUAGUUAUUAAGCUAUUAAUUAGUUAUGCCUUGUAAAAUAAAUAGCAUUAAUUUUAUUAAAGAUCAUUGUUUAAAAUUGUGAAAUCUUAUUGUGUAAAAAUAAUUACGUUAAGUUCAAAAAUGAAGUUUAUGAAGUAUAGACGAUGUAUUAAAUAAAUACAAAUGCAAAUAAAAAAGAAUUUUAAAGCGUGCAGCUGCCUGACUGAUAGUAA